AUGUAUUAUAAUCGGUACAACAACAUGAGUGAAAAUGAAAAAGAUCGUAUGUGUAACGGAGAGAAUUUGCGACAAACAUUAAAACAACUAGCCACUGCAGAACAACGAAAUAAUGAAGCAUCACUGAAACGUCACCUCACAAACAGCAGUGAAAUUAUAACAACAAAUGAUGACGGUGAGAUAGAAGGUGACAUGGAUGGAUUUCAAAUAAACACUUAUAAUAGAAAUAAUAAGAGAAUGAAUAGAAAUAACAAUGACAGCAACAAUGAUAAAGAUGAACGAUAUUCAGCAACGAGAACAUAUACGAAUCCAAAUGUAAAGGAUAAUAGAAAUAAACAACAACAACGUAAUGAAAAUAACCUGAACAACACUUCUGAUCAACAAUAUCAGAUUCCAAAUACAACGACAAAUCAAAAUGGAAUUCGAAUCUCAAAACAUGCUAUUGACUAUGCUACUGAAUAUCAUUAUACACCAUUUAAAAUUCAAUGUGAACCUAAACUAAAGAAUCAGAAAAAUGCCGCAAAACUUGUAUGUGAAAUUCUUAAUUAUGUUAAAAGCGAUUUUACUAAACUAAAUCCUGUUUAUUCAAAACCUCUGCUAUUUGACAUGUGGUGGAUAGAUGGAAGUGGAUAUCUUCAAAUGAUAAUUAAAUCAAUAGAAUUGUAUGUUUUUCUAUGUAAUAAAGAACGAUAUCCACAAGAAUUAAUGAACAUGAAACUAACAGCCCAUCCACCUCAACAUCUUCCGCCUCAACUUACAGCAAUAAUAAAAUGGCUGAAAAAUUCAGUCACGUUAGAAGAUCUAAAUGAGGAAUUGAAAAUAAAAUAUAAGUCUAUCUUUAAUACUGAAGAAAUGAUGGGAACGGCAAAUGACAGAAACCGACACGUUCGUAUAGAAAUGUGUGACAGAAAUGAAUUCAUUUCAUUAGUUAACGGUGGGAUAAUCAAUGUUUAUGGUCAAAUAUAUAAUGUCGAUGAAUAUCUACCGGCACCAAAAAUUCUCAUCUGCUCAAAAUGCAAUCUUCCUGGACAUACAAAAAAGUCAUGUGAAUCUAGAUGUGAAAUAUGUCGGCGUUGUGGCGGUGAUAGAAAAAAUAGAGAAGAACAUUUGGAGUGUACAAUCAAAAUUGUGACGGUGAUCAUAUUUCGACCGAUUAUAAGUGUCCAAUAA